CAGCUCAGUGACCUCUCACCUAUCUCCCAUUAUUCCACUUCUGUCGGUUUUUGGGCGAUUUAACUCACUCUCUUCACUCGGAUUCACCACUGGGAGGGCCAGGGUCAUGGGCUCACAGCAAAGCCUCCCCUGAAUUGUCUUCUGUUCCGCCAUUAUUGUACCUUUGCCCGUUUUCUGAACCCAUAACACCAACACUUGACGUUCACACAGCUCCAUUUAUCUAUCUUUUAAGCUUCAGCUAGAUAACUGAGGAAGGUGGAAAAAAUAAGCACUAUAAACCUCAUGGAUCUUCACUUCAUUAGCUCAUUAGCUCUCAUUGUCUUGCUCGUGACCCCGAAAGGUGUUAAUGGUGCUUCUUUCACGUUUGUCAACCGAUGUGAUUACACUGUUUGGCCUGGGAUUUUAGCAAAUGCAGGGAGUCCUGGACUCGGCAGCACCGGCUUCGAGCUUCCCAAAGACUCGUCCCGUUCGUUUCAAGGCCCGACGGGUUGGUCGGGUCGUUUCUGGGGCCGAACGGGCUGUAAAUUCGACGGAUCCGGUUCCGGGACCUGCGUAACAGGCGACUGCGGGUCGGGUCAGGUGGAAUGCAACGGACUCGGCGCUGCUCCGCCCGUAACUCUGGCUGAGUUCACUCUCGGUACAGGAGGGCAAGAUUUUUACGACGUCAGCCUCGUUGACGGCUACAAUAUGCCGAUGAUCGUCGAAGGAAGUGGCGGGUCGGGUCUUUGUUCUUCUACUGGGUGUACGACCGACUUGAACCGGCAAUGCCCGUCGGAACUCCGAGUCGGCGACGGUGACGCUUGCAAGAGCGCGUGCGAGGCGUUUGGAAGCCCGGAAUAUUGUUGUAGCGGCGCGUACAGCACACCCGCCACGUGCAAGCCAUCGAUUUAUUCUGAGAUGUUUAAGGCCGCUUGUCCCAGAUCUUACAGCUAUGCGUACGAUGAUGCCACGAGCACUUUCACCUGUACCGGAGCUGACUAUACGGUGACGUUUUGUCCCUCUUCUCCCAGUCAAAAAUCUACACCAGUUACAGAAACUACCCCAAUGACAGGCUCAACAUCGCAAGGAUCAGGGUCAGAACGCGCGAUAACUUAUUCAGAUAACGGUUACGGAUAUUAUGAUUCGGGUUAUUCGAGUUCAAGUUACACGUACUCCGGAAAUGGAUACACCGGUUCGGGUUCAAACACUGAACCAGGAGGGUCCGGUGAAGCAAUGUUGACAGAUGGGUCAUGGUUAGCCGGGUUGGCAAUGGGAGAUUCAGCAGCAACAACAGCUCCACGUAUUCUACAAUAUGCACUAAUGGCAUUAUUAACUGCUGUCUGUCUUUUGGCUUCAUGACAUAAAUUCUACUUGUAGUCUCGAUCCAUCUUCGUUUUAUGCCCCUUAGGGUUUCGAUGUAUAAUAUAACAGUAGAGGGUGUGUCCUCCCCCUAAAAUUUUGAGUUUUUCUAGU